UUUCGGAAAUUAAAAUUAAUGUUUAUUUAGUUCUUGAUUCAGUUUUUUUUUGAGUUGUCAAGUAAUUUUGGAAGAUGUUAUACAUAUUUAGGAUUGCCUUCCUAAUUUUUGUUGUACUUGCACAGACUGACACAACUCCAUUUCAUGAGACGGCUUCCAGACAAGGUGAAGCCAAUGCAGAUCAAGCAGAUGAACAACUUAACAAUGAGGCAAGUAUAAUUUUGAAAACUGUUGGUAUUUAUAAAAUUAUGAAUUUGGUUGUACUUAAAUUAAUUUUUGGAAGUUCUUGUACGAGUUCAUAAUCCCAUUCCUGACUUCAGGAUACACGAGAGCCUAUGAAUGAGAUCACGAAAGAGACACCUGGUUCUCCAAUAGCUCAACAGAAUAUUGAGACUCCAGUCCUUACUCCAAUUCAGACGCAGCAGGAGACUCACGAGCUUAUGAAUGAGAUCAUUUCACCAAACAUUUCCGACACACAGCCAAAUACCCGAGCUCGCAGAAAUCUUUUAACAGAGCAAAAUAAGGAUGUAGAAAGCAGAGUUCAAAAUCCCUUUGAGAUCGGAGCAAAUGUGGAGAUUUCAUCACAAGAUGACAAUACUUGUCAUAAAUGGUAUCCAGGAAAUGUGUUGGCAACAUAUUUGGUUGAUGGGGUUGAGAUGGUGAAAGUUGAGUACUUCGUCCCGUCUCUGGACGAAAAGAAGAGGAAAAGGAGUGUUGAGACACGUGUAUCAAUUGACAGAAUACGUCCUCAACCACCACCUGAGAGAUCUGGAGCGAAGAAAAGUUAUGAGCUAAUGCAGGACGUGGAGGCGUUCGACAAUGGUGCCUGGUGCGCUGGAAAAGUUAAAGUCAUUUUGUUUGAUGGCUCGUGUUUUGUCUCUUUGAACAAUUCUAAAGAACAAAUUUACUUCCACCAUUCUGAGAUGCGAAAACCAAGAAAAUGGGUAGAUGGUGUUUGGGAGAUGACAAAAAAGAUGGAAGAAGAGCAGACGCAGAGUGUGAAUCCAAGUGAAGGAGAUGGUGAUAAAAAGGGGAAGGCGAAGGCUGUCGCUUGUAAGAAAAAUGAAGCAGCUGGUCCAUCAGAAGAUGGUGUUGGGAAAAUGGCAAAAGAGAUGGAAGUAAAGCAGGGUAAGAGUGUGAAACCAAGUCAAGACGAUCAUGCAAAAAAGGGGAAGCCUGAUGUUGGUAAGAAGAAGAAAGCAAAUGCUCAGCCAGUAGAUAUGCUUCCUUUUCUACAGCGAGAAGAGAAGAGGCCAAUACGACCUAGAAACCCUCCUAUACCUGUAACACCUGAGGUAAUCCUUCCAAUUGAUCCAUUUGUGACACCUGAAUUUCCUCGGUUUUCAAGGCUUGCACACUGGAUGGAUCUACGGGGCAUAUAUCGUGUACCGUUUUAUAUCAAUGGAAAAGAAAUUGAAAAAGAGUUCUUUCAAAAAAUGGACGAUGCAGAAAACAAUCUCAACAAAGAGCACAUAAAUGUUGCAUUUGAAAUGCUAAAUUGUAAGAGGGUUGAGCAAGGUGCUUGGUUCCGCAACAACAAUCUUCCAGCAGCAUGCUUUGUACCAGUCAAAUUCUUAGAAGUGGUUGGGUACGCUUAUGAAUCUGUCAGGAAGCCACAUAAGAAAAAACAAACGUUAUUGGAGGGCUGUGUAGGCGAACUUGUGAAAGGUUUAAUACAUCCAAAGAAGGUAUGGCUGGAAGAUGUUGAUGUUAUAUAUGGUGUCAUUGAAGAUAAGUUGAGCUAUCACUAUAUUGGGGUGGAGAUACAAUUGAUGGACAACACAAUCACACUCUUCCAUUGUGGUCUUCCAAAAGCAAAUAUCAAACGUGCUCUUAAUCAAAUCCAAGAACUGGCAGUGUUGAUUAGUGCCAUAAAGAUGGAACUUCUUGGUGAAGAGGUUAAUUUCGAAGAUAUCAGUCCAUUUGAAGUUAAGUUUGCAGAAGGGCUUCCAAAGACAAAAUUUCCAUACAACUGUGGUAUUUUUGUUGUGAAGAUGCUGGAAUGCAGGUCACUGGGAUUGAAGAGCAUGGCUAAUAUAAAUGAUGAAACUGCGAUGGACUUACGAAGCAAGCUAUGUUGUGAGAUCUUCGACCAGUUUAUGGAUAAAGAUUUCCAGGAAGGUCAAAGGAAGUGAAAAUGUCAUAUUUGUUCUACUCUGUUUUCUACUCUGUUUUCUACUCUGUUUUCUACUUUGAUAUUAAUUAUCCCUAACGUUUAAGUUUAAGUUUGUAAUGAAUCCCUAACGUUUUUUUCAUUUAGAUUGUUAUUGAAAAAUUUUUAGGAUGUAUUGAUGAAUUGUCAAAUGCUUAUGGUACUUUUAGGAUGGGUUUCCAGAAAAAGAGUGAGAAAGCAAAAUGCACCAAAGCCUAGCAAAUUCCUUUAAAGUUUACAAAAAAAAAUGAAAAAGAAUGUGAUCCGAUGUUGAUUGAACUCGUGAACUCUCGAAAGAUGAAUCAAAGUGUGCAGCCGCUGUGCCAAGGGUGUUAUACUUGCCAAAAGCUAUAAUAAAACGAAAAUAACUUUUGAAUAUUUAAUUAAAAACAGAAAAAAGUGUAAGUAUACACAAACGGGGAUCGAACACGGCUUAUUGUGUGAUAAGGGUACACUAAGAGUAGAACGGAUUGCCACUAGGCUACGGUGGAUAUUCGAUAACAGAGUAAAUGUGAACUUAUUUAUUCACAGACGAUAGAUUUAUAUAAUCUGGAUAUCAUUUUAGGUAUUCAGGAUAGCUUUCCAAAAACAAAUUCCUUUAAAGUUUACAAAAAAAAAAUGAAAAAGAAUGUGAUCUGAUGUUGAUUGAACUCGUGAACUCUCGAAAGAAGAAUCAAAGUGUGCAGCCGUUGUACCAAGGGUGUUAUACUUGCCAAAAGCUAUAAUAAAACGAAAAUAACUUUUGAAUAUUUAAUUAAAACAGAAAAAAAUGUGAGUAUACACAACGGGGAUCGAACACGGCUUAUUGUGUGAUAAGGGUACACUAAGAGUAGAAGGGCUUGCCACUAGGCUACGGUGGAUAUUC